AUGAAUGAUUCAUAUGAUAUACCGAGUGAGCCUCGUCUCUCAAAUACUCUUCAACUUAGUCGACCACCACCACAAUCAAGAACAAAAAUGAAGCAAAAAAAGAUAUUACCAUCGACACCUGAUACAACACCUAAUUUACUUGGUCUUGAUGAUACUGUGCCGCUUGAUAACUCAAGUAUCGAUACAAAUUCAAAUAUUUAUUUAACUCCACAAUUAGUUCAAAAUUCUACACCAUAUGCAAAUCAAUUAUAUCCAUCAAAUAAUUUAAUAAUUGAUGAUUUUUAUGUAAUGCCACGCCAAGAGAACCCUCCUACAUGUGAUACAUAUAAUAGUUUAGUAACUUUUACUCAAAACGAUAAUCCUUCCACAUCAUCAAAUCCAUUUGAAGCUGCUCAAAUUUAUGCCACACCACCAAACUUUGCUAAAAAUUUUGUUCUUCAAUCAAAUCUAUCAUUUGAUGAUAGUCAAGAUGUUUCAAAUAUUUCACUUGAUUCUGUACCUGACUUAAUCAAUGAUACUUCAACAACAACUGAUAUUUAUUAUUCUUAUCCUGAACAACCAGUCACUACGCAACGUCAAAAAUUUGUAAAUAAUAAUGAAAAUAAAGAUUUAUUUAUGUCAAAAUUAAAUAAAGUUAUUAAGCAACAAGUUGCUCAACGACAACCAAAUUCAACAUUAACAAAAAAAGAUGAAACAAAAAAUUAUUAUUCAACAGAACCAAUAGAAAAUAAAGGACCACUGAUUUCACUAGCCACUGAUGAGUUUGUUCAUACAUUAGUAAAUAAUGAUAACGUUUCAAGUUCAUCAGAUAAAACUACUGAUUAUUUUGAUAUUGUUCGAAAAAAUAUAAGUAAUUGUCGAUGUGCUGAUUGUGAUUGUGAAAAUCCAACAAUUGCUAUUAUGUCUUGGCUUUUAGUUAUAUGUAAAAAAUGUGCUGCUGUCCAUGAUCUUUUAACAUCAGAUUUUCUUCGUUUACAAUCACUUACAACAACAACAUCAUGUGAUUCUGAUUUAAUUGACUUAUUAUAUGAUUAUGGGAAUCAAUAUUCAAAUAAAUUAUUAGAAAAUAGUUCAUUAGGUAUAUUAAAACCAAAUUAUACAUCAACACAAAUUGAACGUGAACAGUAUAUAAGAAAGAAAUAUUUAGAUAAACUUUAUCUUCAACCAUUAGAAAUAAAUAAUAAAAAUACUUUUACACAAGAACAACUUAAUGAAAUGUUAUACGAAAAUGUUGAAACAUCUGAUUGUGGAAAAACAGUACAUUUAAUUAUGUUAGGGGCAAAUCCAAAUUAUUCACAAAAAAUGUUUGCUGUUGCUGAUCAUGCAAAACGACAUCAACAAAUUAGACAAAUGAAAAUUAUUUUAGCUAAUGGAGGUAUAUAUGAUAUUUAG